AAAAGGACAACAGAAAAAAACAAGAUUUGAAAAGUAAACAUAUUAAGGGACACCUUAGUGGAGGGAUCUUGUCGGUCGCAAAGGACUCUCAUGAUGCCGACUUUGCUCCUCUCGAUCUCAUCUUCUAUCAACGUCGUCCCAUUCUCUUGCUCAGCUUCUUCUUCUGCUGUUACACUCUCCACCACUUGUUGCUUGGUCUCUUUAUUUUCCAUUCCGUAUCUCUGGGAGACAGAUCUCGAGAUUUGGGGAGGAAAGAGAGUGUAAGAAAGAAAGAAAGAAAGGGAAUGGAUGGAUCCUAUAUGAAGGAAGACAGCUCAACUGGGGGAAAAGUAUUAUUCAAUACGGUUGGGUUCCUCUCCCUGUCAACGGUGACAUUCACCUACUCUUCUGCUGACUCUUUCAAGUUCACUUUUCAUUUCACACGACUAUCUCUCCACUCAAAAUCAAACCUUUGGUUGGGCCUUAGAGCUCACGUUUAUUUAUAUCAAUCAAUGUGUUGAUUAAUUCGCAUACGCUUGUUAGGCCCAAAAAUAGGCAUGUUCAUAGAUAGCCCAUGACAUAAGUAUAUAUAUAGAGAGAGAUAUGAAUAAUAGACGACCAAGGCGAAAACAGAUAUCGAGGAAAACCCUAAUAUUUCGAGUUGGAAAGAGGAUGAGCGAUCUUGGGGUUGGAGAGAAGAUACUGACGAAGGUUCCGGCGGUUGUAUCUACUUGCGAGGCUAUAACCAAAAGCAGCUGGGUUAUGGGUAAAGAAGCAGAAGAAGCAGCGCCGCAUGAGUUUGUGGGGUUCAUGAUGAUGAAUGCGAAGGUCUACUCUCUGAGGUACAAUAUCGGCGAAGAUUUGGUUGAUGUAAAGCAGGUAGAUUUUCUUAAUCAGUUGGAUAUAUCCGAGGUAUAUCACUGCGAUGGGUUGGUGUUAUGCGUGCCUUUCGACCACUCGAAGCUGGUGGUGUGGAACCCUUACAUGUGCCAAACAAGGUGGAUCGGACCGAGGUUAGGAGGAGAAAACUUCAACAUAAGAGACACGUACGCGAUCGGAUACAACUCAGACGACAAGCAGCAGCGCGACCACAAAAUCCUGAGGUUUGUGGAAGAUUACAGUGCCCCCGGGCCCGGACCAACAACACACGUUUUCAGGAGCGAAAUCUAUGAAAUUAGCUCUGAUUCAUGGAGAGUCCUCGAGCCCAAGCCCAUGUGGGAGAUAGAGAUAGAUCAGCAUCAGCGAGGCGUGUCUCUCAAGGGAAACACCUACUUUUUUGCUCAUGAGCAAUAUGAUAAUUGCGCAUCAGAUUUUCAAGAUUUCUUGCUCUGUUUUGAUUUUACCAAAGAGAAGUUUGGACCACGCCUCCCUCUUCCUUUUCACUCUCACAUUGAAGACUGCGUGACCCUCUCAAACGUUAGAGAUGAGCAGCUUGCGGUCCUCUUUGGUGAUUUUGAAUCAACCUUUUUUGAGAUUUGGGUUACCCUCACGCUUGAGCAGGCCCCCGACAACUUGUCCUGGAACAAGUUUUUGCGAGUGGAAACGACUGCUUUGACGUCCUUGUUUAGGCUUGAUACUUAUUUAGGUGGGAGCUUCUUUGUUGAUGAGGAAAACAAAGUUGCUGUGGUGUUUGAACUAGACGAGUAUCUAUCCACCUUUACUCCUCAUCAAAACAAGGCUUUUGUGUUUGGACAAGCCGGCUACAUCCACUCUGUUGAUCUCGCACAGGUUACCUAUAUCCCACUCCUUUGCCCUGAUUCCGGAGAGCCCUUUCAAGGUUUUGUUCCCCCACUUGUUUGCUCUUCCUCUUACCGUCCAAGCUUAGUCCAAGUCAAGCAACCCCUCCUCUGCACAAAAGGAAACGCGACCUCCUCUUCAAUGGGCAAUGGCUAAGUGUUCAGUUGCAGAUGUUAAUCUGCCAGGUCCAAGUUUGAGAUUUGGAAGGAGCUGGAAACUCUUUUUGCUUUUGUUUUAUUUUGUUGUUUGUUAUCAAACUAUUCCCGUCUAUCUAAUCUCUUUUUUUUUUAUCUCUUCGUUGUCAGACUUGUUUCUAAGACUCUUGUGUCUAUGCUUGUGUUUAAACCCUUGUUUUCAUUGUCUUAUGUUUUCAUGGUCUAUCUUGUGUGUGUUUGUCUAUCUUAAAUCCUGC